AUGGCUGCUUCAGGAGCAGAAGGCUUUGCACCGGUACUGGCAGCUCUGUCUACUAUGCAAAGCAACGCCGAACGCUCUCAGAAAUCAGAAGCGCACGAGUAUCUCGAGAAGUUCCAGAAGUCUCCAGAAGCUUGGUCAACGACACAUUCAAUUUUAUCUACCACGGACGCCACGGCAGAAGCAAAGCUGUUUGCUGCGACGACAUUGAAAGGAAAGAUUACGUAUGACUUAGAUCAGCUUCCCCGACAAUCUCUUCCAGCUCUGCGAGACUCGAUUCUCAACUUCCUGACUACCUUUCGUGAUGGACCAAGGCCCAUACGAACGCAGCUAUGUGUGUGUCUAGUCAAUCUAGCCAUACAGAUGAUAGAGUGGAAGGAUGUCCUGCAAGUUGUAGGGUCAACCUUGGGAAACAGCGGUGGCGACUGUGUUCUGGAUUUUCUCAGAGUGCUUCCCGAAGAAGUCACCGAGGGCCGAAAAAUCAACUUGACAGAAGAGGACCUCACGUGCAGAACGAAGGAAUUGCUGGAAGACAACGCAACUCAGGUCCUCAGGCUUCUGACCCAAUAUUCGCAAUCGUCUACGAGUGCUGCAUCAAAUCCGCAUCUACUGGAAUGUAUUUCGUCAUGGCUGCGAGAGAUCCCGGCUGCUGAUGUUGUGACUUCCCCCCUUUUUGAUGCUGUUGUACAUGCACUCUCCGUAGAAGCAUCGUUUGAGGCUGCGGUGGACUGCAUGUGCACGAUUCUCAGGGAUACGCGCGAGGUAGAUGAGUCCAUCGAGAUCAUCCAGCUCAUAUAUCCACGUUUAAUGUCCUUGAGGCCACGGAUAGGGGAAGCCGCAGAGUCAGACGACGAAGACACCUUCAAGGGUCUCACAAGAAUGUUUGCUGAAGCCGGCGAACACUGGGUCGUCAUGAUUGCUCGGCUGCCAAAUGAGUUCAGAGGACUCGUCGAAGCUAUCCUGGAGUGCUGUGCCAGAGACACUGAUCGGGACGCUAUAGCUUCAACCUUUCUAUUCUGGUACGAAUUGAAGCAGAUGAUCACGCUCGAUAAGUACAAGCCGGCCCGGAAUCAGUUCGCUGACGUAUUUGCGAGACUGGUGGAUAUCAUGAUCAAGCAUUUGGAGUAUCCAAAGCCAGGAGGCCCAGACGAAACAGAUCUCUUUGAUGGAGAUCGAGAACAGGAAGAAAAAUUCCGAGAGUUCCGACAUCAAAUGGGAGAUGUCUUGAAAGAUUGCUGCGAUGUUAUUACCGUCACGGAAUGCUUAGGCAAAGCUUUCAGCUUAAUACAGCAAUGGAUCUCUACCUAUGGCGCACAAGCUACUAACACGAAGGUCCCCCACUGGCAGGAACUCGAAGCACCUUUAUUCAGCAUGCGAGCAAUGGGUCGGAUGGUAUCGCCAGAGGAGAACAUUGUUUUGCGCCAAGUGAUCCCGCUGAUUGUCCAAAUUCCCAAUCAUGAAAAAUUGCGCUUUCAAGCUAUCAUGGCUCUUGGGAGAUAUACUGACUGGACAGCUCAACAUCCAGAAUUCUUGCAACCGCAGCUGAAUUUUGUCAUUGCCGGGUUCAAGCAUCAAUCGAAUGAGGUGGUAAAAGCUGCUGCGCUUGCCUUUCGCUUUUUUGGCACAGAUUGCAGAAGGCUCCUCACAGACCACGUCACUCAACUCCAUGACUUCUAUGAAUCUGUGCUUGACGAGCUUCCGCCGGCAAGUCAAGAAGAAAUCACUGAAGGAGUAGCCUGUGUCGUCUCGGCGCAGCCGUUAGACAAGAUCUAUCCUAUGUUCAAAGCCUAUUGUGACCCCAUCAUCAAGAGGAUGAUGUCUCGAGCCAACGAUGCUAAGGGCGCAGAAGAUGAGGCAGCCAGAUUAGCCGUCGCAGAUUAUGUGCAACUCAUUACGAUAUUCAUUCAACAAAUCCAGCCAUAUGUCUCGCCUUCGCUGGAGAACCCAGCGGUGAAGUACUGUCAAGAGAUUUUACCGGUCAUGUCUGCAAUUGCGGAAAACUUCACCAGCUCUACACCAAUCCUCGAACGCGUCUGCCGAUGCUGGCGGUACAUGGUUCUCUCGUAUCGCACGGCUGUUCUUCCUUUAUUGCCUACUCUGGCUCAACAGCUAGCAUCUGGCUUCGAAAAUUCGCGUCAGGGUUGUUUUCUAUGGGCAACGGAUUCUGUUCUUAGAGAAUUUGCUAACGGUGCCGAAUUCGUGGAGGCCUCCACAUCACAAGCAAUCUACAGCUUUUUCGAGCAGCAAGCUCUUGCUUUUCUACGGAUAAUGAACGACCUGCCCCCUAGCGACUUACCCGAUGUCAUCGAGGAUUUCUUCCGCCUUCUCAUCGACGCCUUAAUCUACUACCACGGAGCUCUGCUACCUGCUCCCAUCUGCUCUCCCAUUUUCUCCGCCGCCAUCAGUGCCCUCACCCUCCAGCAAGAAGCUCCUCUAACGGCGACCCUCCACUUCCUCCGCGACUUCCUCAGCUACGGCACUGAUCAUCCCAAUUCCUCCUCUUUUGAUGAAACCUCUAACACAGCGCGCGUCAUCAAUUCUCCAGAUAUACAACAAUGCGUCAAGCGCAUGAUUGCUGAGGAAGGAGAGGUGCUCACGCAGAGAAUUCUGACGGGGAUGAUGUUCUCAUUCCCCCAUGACUGCUUUCCCGACGCCAGUGGGGUUCUGCUUGCGCUUUUCGAAAUCAUGCCGCAGCAAGUCGCCAUCUGGGUGAAGGGUACCAUUGGCAUGUUACCCGCCGGAACGGUCAAGGCGGGGGAGGGCGAGCGUUUGAUGAGUUCGGUGGGCAUGAAGCUGCAGCAGGGCGAGGUGCGAAAGGUGCGGGUGCUUCUGCAAGAUUUCACCAAUUCCUACAGAAGAAGAAACGUGGCGCCUAGGGAGGGUCUCGGCAGGCUCGAGGCUACGAGAUUCAGAUUUAAUGGGUAG